GGCGCCCCUCGCAGCCUCGCCUGCACCUGCGUUUCCCGCGCCCCGCCGGCCCGCUUCCGUACCUCCGCCUCCCCCAGGCUGAGGAUGGAGGACCCCUUCAGCCCCUCAGCUUUCUCGCUGGCGCCCAACGUCUCCGUACCCGUCUCUCCUGGCUGGGGUCUCAACUUCACUUCCGAACAGGGAGCCUCAGCCCCGGGGCCGCCGCCGCCGCCGCCGCCGCCGCCGCCUCCCGGACAGCCUAGCCGCCGCGUCCGCCUGGUCUUCCUGGGGGUCAUCCUGGUGGUGGCGGUGGCCGGCAACACCACCGUGCUGUGCCGCCUGUGCGGGGGCGCCGGGCCCUGGGCGGGUCCCAAGCGCCGCAAGAUGGACUUCCUGCUCGUGCAGCUGGCCCUGGCUGACCUGUACGCGUGCGGGGGCACCGCGCUGCCGCAGCUGGCCUGGGAGCUGCUGGGCGAGCCGCGCCGGGCGGCCGGAGACCUGUCGUGCCGCUUCGUGCGGCUGCUGCAGGCGUCCGGCCGAGGCGCCUCGGCCCACCUCGCGGUGCUCAUUGCCCUCGAACGCCAGCGCACCGUGCGCCGGCCGCAGGGCCCGCCUCUGCCAGCGCGCGCCCUCGCCGCCCUGGGCUGGCUGCUGGCGCUGCUGCUGGCGCUGCCCCCCGCCCUCGUGGUGCGCGGGGGCGCCCCCUCGCCGCCACCCUCCGCGCCCCCGGCCGCGCGCGCUUGGCCGGGGGAGCGUCGCUGCCGCGACAUCUUCGCGCCUCUGCCGCGCUGGCACCUGCAGGUCUAUGCGCUUUACGAGGCCGUCGCGGGCUUCGUGGCGCCGGCCGCGAUCAUGGGCGUCGCUUGCAGCCGCCUGCUCUGCGCCUGGUGGCAGCGCCCACCGCAGGCCGCACCGACUUCAGCGCCCUGGGGGGCGAGUCCCGGCCCAGCCCCUGCGCCCGGCGCCCUGCCACGCGCCAAGGUACAGAGUCUGAAGAUGAGCCUGGCGCUGGCGCUGCUGUUCGUGAGCUGCGAGCUGCCCUACUUCGCUGCGCGGCUGGCGGCCGCGUGGUCGUCAGGACAGGUGGGAGACUGGGAGGCCGAGGAUGUGGCGGCGGCGCUGCACCUCGUGGGAGUGGCCAACAGCGCUCUCAAUCCCUUCGUUUACCUCUUCUUCCAGGCAGGAGACUGCCAGCUCCUGCGGCGGCUGCGAAGGCGCCUGGGCGCCGUCUGCUGCUCGUGGGAGGGAACAGCGGAGGACGAUGAGGGGGCCGGGGGCCACCAAGCGCUUCACCGCCACCGCUGGCCACACCCCCAUUAUCACCACGCCAGAAGGGAGCAGCCAGGGGAGGGCUGCUGGCGCCCACCCCCGCCUCGCCCCCGGCCGCCUCCCUGCUCCUGCGAAAGCGCUUUCUAGCGGCUCGAGGGCCAGUCAGGUCACCAUCGCCGCCGCACGGCCACCGCCGAACACGGCGAGGCUGGCCCUGGUCUAUCCACGUCACAGCGGGCGCAGGAGUCUCAGAGAGUGAGAAGCUGUCCCCUUCCUACACGCUGUUUCUUUCUAAUGUUUACAUUUUCCUACACUUUUCCAAUUUCUUCUCUCCCUUUCAGUUCCUCUCACAUUUUCCAGUUUGGAGAUGAGAGUUUGAGCCACUGGAAAUUCUAAAAACUGUGAAAGAUACACAGAGUUAUUUUUGCAUUUCUCUUUGAUGCUCCCAUAGUGUUCUGGAUAAGAUCAUUUGUUUUAGCCAAAUUGCCAAGCUUUCAUUAUUUGCUGUAUUAUCAUCUGUUUUUACUUAUUUUGAAUCGUGUUUAAAUCAAGUGUACCUUCGAGACCAGAGAAUUUGCCUUUCCUUCCAGGAGGAAAAUCCCCACAUUGCUCUCCCUGAGGAGCCUGGAAAUUGUACCAGCGAUACUGUCAGAAAUAUAAUCAUGCUGUCACUUCAGAGCCACAGAGUAUUUGUCAAAUAAAAACAUUUCCCACAGAGCAA